UUGUUUUGCAAACGGCAUCCAUUUUUGAGUUUGAGAGAAUCGAAUUUUGUGGCUUUCAUCUGCCAUUGAGCAGCGCGUGGGAGACCUCCAUUGACAUCGUCCCCACCACUGUCUCUUCUCUUCCUAGUCCUCACUUUGAAAACUUUUGCGUUUGAGUUUCGGAAGAGAGAGAAAAAUAUAUUUCAUAUAAAUAUUAUAGUGAGAGAGAGUACUACCAAAGCUCGAAACUUUAGAGAGAGAGGGAGGGAAAUAUUUGAAAGGGAGAAAGUGUUUUUUUAUGAAUAUUGGGAUAUGAUUGGUAUUUGAUGAUUAAAAGUGUACUUUGAACUCAUUUCUUUGUAUUAUUAUUUGAUAUUUUUGUAGAGAUUCUUGGUCUGUUUCUGGUCGGCAGCUUUCGUGUUUGGAUGAGUUGAAGGCCACCACUUACCAAUGGCUGCACCAGUUAACAUUGUAGUAGGUUCUCAUGUAUGGGUUGAAGAUCCUACUUUGGCUUGGAUUGAUGGAGAAGUUACCUGGAUCAAUGGUUUGGAGGUUCACGUUCAUACCGCAAAUGGAAAAACAGUAAUCACAGAUACAAUGAAAGUGUUUCCAAAAGAUACGGAAGUUCCACCUGGAGGCGUAGAUGAUAUGACAAAGCUAUCAUAUUUGCAUGAACCUGGAGUCCUGGAAAACCUGGCCAUUAGAUAUGAACUUAAUGAAAUCUAUACUUAUACUGGAAAUAUUCUGAUAGCAGUCAAUCCAUUUCAACGAUUGCCUCAUCUUUAUGAUACUCACAUGAUGGCACAAUAUAAAGGAGCUCCUUUUGGAGAACUAAGCCCUCAUGUUUUCGCAGUUGGAGAUGCUGCAUACAGGGCAAUGAUUAAUGAGGGGAAAAGUAAUUCAAUAUUGGUAAGUGGGGAGAGUGGUGCUGGUAAAACUGAGACAACAAAGAUGCUCAUGCGAUAUCUUGCCUAUUUGGGUGGCCACUCGGGAGUGGAAGGAGGUACAGUUGAACAACAAGUUCUGGAGUCCAACCCAGUUCUUGAAGCAUUUGGCAAUGCCAAAACGGUUAGAAAUAACAACUCAAGUCGUUUUGGAAAAUUUGUUGAAAUUCAAUUUGAUAAGUAUGGGAGGAUAUCUGGGGCAGCCAUUAAAACCUAUCUGCUUGAGAGGUCUCGGGUUUGCCAAAUUUCUGAUCCAGAGAGAAACUACCAUUGCUUUUAUCUUCUUUGUGCUGCACCAAGAGAGGAUAUUGAGAAAUAUAAAUUGGGUAGCCCCAAGUCAUUCCAUUAUUUAAAUCAGUCCAAUUGUUACGAGCUGGAUGGGGUGAAUGAUGGUCAUGAAUAUCUUGCAACUAGAAGGGCGAUGGACAUUGUUGGAAUCAGUGAACAGGAACAGGAGUCAAUAUUUAGAGUUGUAGCUGCAAUACUUCACCUUGGUAAUAUUAAUUUUUCCAAAGGGGAGGAAAUAGAUUCCUCAGUCAUCAAAGAUGAUAAAUCUAGAUUCCAUCUUAAUGUGACUUCAGAACUUCUUCGAUGUGAUGCCCAGAGCUUGGAAGAGGCUCUCAUUAAACGUGUAAUGGUGACACCAGAAGAAGUUAUCACAAAAACUCUUGACCCUGAUAAUGCGAUUGCUAGCAGGGAUGCAUUAGCUAAGACAUUAUAUUGUCGCUUAUUUGAUUGGCUGGUGGACAAAAUCAAUAUUUCAAUUGGGCAGGAUCCAAACUCAAAUUCAAUAAUUGGAGUUCUUGAUAUUUAUGGCUUUGAAAGUUUUAAGUGCAAUAGUUUUGAGCAGUUUUGUAUCAACUUCACAAAUGAAAAACUACAACAACAUUUUAAUCAGCACGUGUUUAAAAUGGAACAAGAGGAGUACACCAAAGAAGAAAUACACUGGAGCUAUAUUGAGUUUAUUGAUAACCAAGAUGUGCUGGAUCUAAUUGAAAAGAAACCUGGAGGAAUUAUAGCACUCUUAGAUGAAGCCUGCAUGUUUCCAAAGUCUACUCAUGAAACUUUUGCACAGAAGUUGUAUCAGACUUUUAAAAAUGAGAAACGAUUUAUAAAGCCAAAGCUUUCCCGGACUGAUUUUACUAUAUCACACUAUGCAGGCGAGGUAACUUAUCAAGCCAAUCAGUUUCUAGACAAGAACAAAGAUUAUGUCAUUGCUGAACAUCAAGCUUUGCUGACAGCCUCAAACUGCUCAUUUGUGCGUGGCCUGUUUCCCCCACUUCCAGAAGAUUCGUCAAAGUCAUCCAAAUUUUCUUCCAUUGGAUCGCGCUUUAAGCUACAACUUCAGUCUUUGAUGGAAAUCUUGAGUGCAACAGAGCCUCACUACAUCAGAUGUGUGAAGCCAAACAGUGUCCUGAAACCUGCUAUAUUUGAGAGUUUUAAUAUCAUUCAACAAUUGCGAUGUGGGGGUGUCCUCGAGGCAAUCAGGAUUAGUUGUGCUGGCUAUCCUACUAGACGCACAUUUUAUGAUUUUGUAAAUCGUUUUGGUCUUCUGGCUCCUGAAGUGUUAGAAGCAAAUUAUGAUGACAAGGUUGCAAGCCAAAUGAUUCUUGAUAAAAGGGGAUUGAAAGGAUACCAGAUAGGCAAGUCAAAAGUUUUCCUCAGAGCAGGUCAGAUGGCUGAGUUGGAUGCUAGGAGGACAGAAGUACUUGGAAAUGCUGCUAGAACAAUUCAACUACAAAUCCGUACCUUCAUUGCUCAUAAAGAGUUCGUCACAUUGCGCAAAGCUGCAAUUCAGUUGCAAUCUCUUUGGCGAGGUAAAAUUGCAUGCAAACUGUAUCAGCACUUGAGACAGGAAGCUGCAGCAUUGAAGAUCCAGAAGAAUUUCAAGCAAUAUAGAGUCACUAAAUCCUACUUAAUACACAGGUCUUCUGCAAUCACAUUGCAGGCAGGCUUAAGAGCAAUGACUGCACGUAAUGAGUUCAGAUUUCAAAAACAAACAAAAGCUGCUGUCAGUAUUCAGGCUCAUUGGCAUUGCUACCGAGCUCAUUCUUAUUAUAGAAGUCUACAAAAGGCUGUGGUUGUCACUCAGUGUGGCUGGAGAUGCAGAGUUGCAAGAAAAGAACUCAGAAAGCUCAAAAUGGCUGCCAGAGAAACAGGGGCUCUUAAAGAAGCCAAGGACAAAUUGGAAAAGCGUGUGGAGGAGCUUACUUGGCGGUUACAAUUGGAGAAGCGGUUGAGGACUGAUCUUGAAGAGGCAAAAGCUCAAGAAAUUGCAAAAUUGAAGGAUAUUUUGCAUGCAAUGCAAUUACAAGUAGAACAAGCAAACUCCUUGGUUAUUAAAGAGCGAGAGGCAGCUAAAAAAGUUAUUGAAGAAGCACCUCCUGUCAUUAAGGAGACCCCAGUUGUAGUACAAGAUAUGGAAAAGGUUGAAUCCUUGACCACUGAAGUUGAGAAGUUGAAGGCUUUACUAGCAUCAGAAACAGAGAAAUCUGAGGAGGCCAUUCAGGUUUAUGCUGCUGAGCAAACUAAGAAUGAGGAAUUGACUAGGAAGCUUGAAGUUGCGGAGAAGAAAGCAGAUCAGUUUGAAGAUUCAUUGCAGAGGCUUGAAGAGAAAGUAUCCAAUUUAGAAUCAGAGAACCAGGUACUCCGGAAACAAGCCCUUGCUGUCUCACCAACUGGUCAAUCUUUUUCUCCAAGAAAGUCAAAAAUUAUUCUGAGGACUGUAGAGAAUGGGCAUGCUCCUAAUGAAGAAAUGAGAGAAAGCCCGGAUCUUACAUGUAAUGGUCAGCAGUCAGAAGCUGAAGAAAGCCCCCAGAAAUCUCUAAUUGAGAAGCAGCAGGAGAAUCAUGACCUCCUCAUAAAGUGUAUUUCUCAAGAUCUAGGUUUCUCUGGGGGUAGGCCUGUUGCUGCUUGUCUGAUAUACAAAUGCCUUCUGCAAUGGAGGUCAUUUGAGGUCGAAAGGACCAGUAUUUUUGACCAUAUCAUUCGAACUAUAGGCACAGCAAUAGAGGCCCAUGAUAACAGUGAUGUGCUAUCUUACUGGUUGUCUAAUUCAUCCACAUUGCUUUUACUGCUUCAACGCACACUAAAAGCAACUGGAGCUGCUGGCUUAACUCCACAACGUCGAAGGAUGUCAACUCAUCUGAUUGGGAGGAUGUCACAAGGCCUUCGUGCAUCUCCACAAAGUGCUGGUUUCUCCUUCUUCAGUAAUAGGGUACUCGGUGGACUGGAUGAAUUUCGGCAUGUUGAAGCCAAAUAUCCAGCUUUGCUUUUCAAGCAGCAACUUACAGCCAUUCUUGAGAAGAUAUAUGGAAUACUGAGAGAUAAUUUGAAAAAAGAGAUCUCCUCAGUUCUUGGGUUGUGCAUCCAGGCACCUAGGAGUAGAACAACCCGGGCUGGUGUGUUGAAGGGGCAUUCGCAAGCUAAUUCUGCAGUGCAACAAGCGUUAAUUGCUCACUGGCAGAGCAUUGUGAAAAUUUUAAAUAACUACUUGAUGAUCAUGAAGGCCAAUUGUGUUCCUCCAUUGCUGGCUAGCAAAGUGUUCACUCAGAUAUUUUCAUUUAUCAAUGUUCAGUUGUUUAACAGCCUUCUUUUGCGACGUGAGUGUUGCUCAUUCAGUAAUGGGGAGUAUGUCAAAGCAGGGUUGAGUGAGUUGGAACAGUGGUGUCAUGAUGCAACCGAGGAGUUCACAGGGUUUGCUUCAGAGGAACUGAAACAUAUCAGACAAGCAGUUGGCUUCCUGGUCAUACAUCAGAAGCCCAAAAAAUCAUUAGCAGAAAUCACAAAUGAUCUUUGCCCUGCCCUCAGCAUACAGCAGUUAUAUAGAAUCAGUACAAUGUACUGGGACGACAAAUACGGUACACAUAGCGUGUCUUCUGAUGUAAUAUCAAGUAUGAGAACUAAGAUGACUGAGGACUCAAACAAUGCUGUCAGCUGUUCGUUCUUAUUGGAUGACAACUCGAGCAUACCUUUUUCUGUGGACGACAUUUCCAAGUCCAUGGAUGCAGGCCAAAUUGAAGUAGCCGAUGUUGACCCUCCACCUUUGCUUCGAGAAAACUCAGGCUUCGCUUUUCUACUACAACGUUCAAGUGAUUGAAUGUUUUAUGUUUCAAUCCCAGAACAUUAGUGCUACUAAUAAAACAUGUGGAUACAUUAGUAUUUCUCAUUAUAUAGUGUGACAGUUUGAACAUACAGAGCCUCACUUGGGCUCCUUGUGAUUUAAAUUUUCCUUUUGGUUUGUUUCAACAAACAACAGCUAGUUUUAGGCAGACAGCCGCGUUUUAUUGGCUAUGGUCUACUGUUGUAUCAAAUGUAUCUGUAUGAAUGUAGGCUUCUUCAUGCCUUGUAGAGAUACAUUUUAUAAAGUAGACCCUUGAAUACAUCAAUAAUUGGCAAAAUGGCUUUUGAAUUUU